CGUAGAAAGGAGAGAGCCUUGAACCGCCUCUUUCCCAACUGCGGUUUUCUCUUGCUCAAACUUUCAUACCACCCCCUUCAACAAAUUCCAGUUGCGCCUCACCCUUGCGUGAGGCUUCUCUGGUAUCGUCAACGACAUCCCUUGUCGUGUCUUCUUGUCCCUCUUGAGCAGGGUACACUUUUGCCGUCCGUCGCCGCGGUUUUCCUCGUCCUGAACAGGCCCGGAAAUCUGCCUGCGUGGUGAAUCUCCUCUCACAAGAAAAAAAAAGAGAAUCACAAACACUUCUCCCUCUUCGCCAUCCUCCACACAAGCACGAGAGCGGCUUCCGUUCACUCGAGACAGUCGCCGCAAAGUGGUUCAUUCACCCUCAAUUCUUCCUUCGCUACCCUACAAUCACCUGCGGGCUCGGGAACUUUUUUUUUUUCCAACCUUCACUCAGAGCUACGUUUGUCAUCCGCUGGGUUUCAGCCUUCCAGUCAACCUCACAUAUCCGAAUCGCUGCCUGAAGUCUUUUCAUCACCUCUGAUGACAUCGAAUCCUCAGCAGUCCUCCUCUACUCGAUCAAAACCUUCUUUCGCUGCUGCAGUAGGCCCACAACAACCCACAGCCUCCCAUUUUGCGACUGGGUCGAAUUUGGCUAAUCAAGGCCGAACCUCGUUUCCCUCCGCCUCCAAACCUCCUUCUACACCAAAUGCAUCGGAGCCCACCAACAUGUCUGCAGCAGUUGGAGGCGCUCCGCCCGCCCAUGGGCAUAGCGAUUCUGUAAACGGAAGAAAUCCCACCAUUCCCGCCAUCCCUUCUGUCAACGGAAGCGUCUCACUUCCUGACCAUACGCGCAAACCGUCAAUGACAGUUACACCAGCAGGCGCCACCGGCUUUGCGGCAAACGGCGGUGGUCCUGGUGGCACUCAGAACAAGACGGGAAAUAUUCAGUUUGGCUCGUUGGGAGUGGCCAACCCUGCUGGUUCCCCGGCGAUGGGCACACCCCCUUCGUUGGCGCAUCAAAACUCUGCAAAUCUCAGUGUCAGCCAACUGAAUCCUCGCGCAACGUCUCCUUCAAAUUCUCCAUCACCAAUUCCUCAACCUGCUUCCGUCAGUGGUGGUCGCCCUCCUACCGGUUUUCAGGGUCAAGGAAAUGGAUAUACAUUUGGAACUCUCUCGGGUGAUCAGAAUGACCCAAGUGGUAUGACUAGGCCGAUAUCUCAGCUACAAUUUGGACCUCAACAAGAGCAUAUGAGACGAGGCUCUUCGCAAUCGAUCCACAGCGACGUUGGUGGCCCGGGUAUCCCAGCUGGCCCAACCCGUGGAGGCUUUCCAGGCGGUCCAGGCCGUGGAAGAGGAUUCAAUCCUGGGUACCAGCAACAACCCAUGCAUUUCUCUCCCCAACAACAAUUCCGACCUACCUCGAACGGACGCUCGUUCCAAACUGGAUAUCAAGGCCGAGGUCAACCACUACCUUAUCAAGGAUCUCCCGCGAUGGGCACCCGCAGCCCUGCUCUUGUUAACGCCCAACCAGGAACGCCGAAUAUGGGAGGUCAAAUACAUAUGGUGCAGCCCGGGAUGCAGCCUCAACCCAAUGGAUAUUAUAUGGGACCCCAACAUGCGUUCCCCAUGACACAGGCUGAUCCUAGUAUUCAGCAAAUGUAUUUGCAACAAAUGUAUGCCCCGGGUGCCAUGCAGGCUCAAUACAACCCCCAAUACGGCAUGCAGCCUCAAUCUCCUCGCCCGCACUUCAACCAAGGCAUGUAUGCACCUAGCAUGCAGCCUUCGUACAGCAAUCAGGGCGGCCCGCCGCCUUCGAUGUCGAGGCAGUCGUCCCAAAUAUCUGCUCCCGAUCGACCCGGUUCCAGCAUUGGCCAACAGCCGCCGACUCCAGGCCCUACUGGCCCCCCACAUCCAGCCAAUCGAGCCCCGAGUGUGUCUUCGCAGAAAUCAAACUACACCAUCCCCCCGAAGAAGAGUGCCGCCAUCACAAUCAAGAAUACUGCAGGCGAGGUCGUCUCCUUCAACAAGUCCCCUGCGUCGCCUGCGAACCCGACUCCUGUCUCAGCUACAGUGCCCCCACAAUCUGCGCCCACGCCUCCUAGUCGGACUGCCAGCGCCGCCGACAAUGCUCACAGCCGAACAGAAAGCGUCAGCACAAAAACUGCGGAGGAGGUGAAGAAGCAAAUGCAGGAAGCUGUUGCCAAGAAGAUCGCCGAAGAUGAAGCCAGGCUGAAACUGGAGAAGGAAAUGGCCGAAAAGGCGGAGAUGGAGAAAGAAGCCGCAGCGCUGGCCGAGCGGGAGGCCGCCGAGGCUCAAGCCAAGGCGGAGGCCAUGGAGAAGGAGGCCAAAGAGGCUGCAGAGAAAGCUGAAGCUGCUAAGCAGGCUGCAGAGACAGAGGCUGCAGAGGCUCCGGCAGCGUCUGUCAAUCCGCAGCAGGACGAGCUUGACUUGGAUGCUCUUGCUGCUGAAAUGGAGGCCGAAGAGGCUGCCAGGGAAGCAGAAGAACUGAGACGUGAAGAAGAAUACAACAAGAGAAAGGCUGCUCAGCGCGAAGCCCAGCGGAAGAAGGAGGAAGAAGAGGCCGCGGCUUAUGAGACCAACAUGAAGGAGCUGGAGCGCAAGGCCGAAGAGGAAGAACUAGCCCGCCAAAAGGAAAAGGUCGACGGCGCAUCAGGAGACGAAGCCAGCAAGAAACUCUUCGCUGAGCUCAAGCCCAAUCCAUUCGGCACCCCUGCGUCGGUUGAAAGCCCCGCCGGUCCUACGACGCCCGCUGAAAGCGGAACUGCUACACCUGUCUCGGACGUGUCAAUGCCUCCUCCUGCAAAGGCCCCUGGUCGUCGUACCAAGGCUGCCGAGCUCACCCUCGACACUAAGAAGCCUGUCGAGCCUCCUGAGCCAAGUGCAACGUUGAAAGCCCUCCAGUCUGCCAAGAAGCUCGGUGAUAUCUCCAAGGUUGUUUAUCCGUCAGAUAUCGCUUCGCCCAACCCUGCACUAAACGCCAAUGCACCGGCUGACCGCGGUUUCAAAUAUAACAAAGAGUUCCUGCUCCAGUUCCAGAGCGUAUUCAAAGAGAAGCCGACUCUUGACUGGGAUGCUCGCAUUCGGGAUGCGUUGGGUGACGGAGACGCUUCGGCCCGACCGAGUGCAUCAGCCAGGACUCCUUCUGGCAUGGGUAACCGCAGUGCUUCGUCUCGCGGACCUCCUCCUAUGAGCAACUUUGGAGCCAUGGGCUCGUUUGGUGGCGGACCCAACAGACCAACUCUCCCGCCAGGUACAACUUCAGAGCAGCGAUUCGCUGCAUCGAACGCCUUGAGGAGUGGUGCCAUGGCGGCGAAUCCAUUUGCACAGUUCGGACGUCCAGGAGGUCAGAUGCAGCCGUCGAUGGGCGGCCGUACGCCUUCCAACAACCCCCUUGGACCUAUUCCUGGCUCUCCUCGCGUUGGUGGUGCAAGUCGUGGCGGCUCUCGUGCUGAGAGCAAGCGCGCCAAGCAGAAUGCAAAGCAGAUGCAAGAGGAAAACAAAUCCAUGCCCCUUACUGCCGGUAUGGCCAUCACAGCUCUCGAGACCUCUUCCACUGGUUGGAAACCCAGGAGCCUCGUUCAGCCCAUCGUAUCUGGCCCUGCUCCCGGUGGCGAUGGCUUAAUGGACCCUGAGACCGUGCAGCGCAAGACAAAGGCGCUUCUGAACAAGAUGACACCCGAGAAGUUCGACAAACUCGCGGACCAGAUCUUGGACAUCGCGGCUCAAUCCAAACACGAAAAGGACGGUCGAACUCUGCGCCAAGUGAUCCAGCUCACCUUUGAAAAGGCCACCGACGAAGCUCAUUGGGCGGGCAUGUACGCCUCUUUCUGCCGACGCAUGUUGGAAAGCAUGAGCCCGGAUAUCAGAGACGAGGGGAUCAAGGACAAGAAUGGCAAUGUCGUGACCGGUGGUAAUCUGUUCCGGAAAUACCUCCUCAACCGCUGCCAAGAAGAGUUUGAACGUGGCUGGAAGGUCAAUCUGCCGCCCAGACCGGAGGGAGAAUCUGAGGAGGCUGUCAUGCUGUCCGACGAAUAUUAUAUCGCGGCAGCUGCCAAGCGUCGCGGUUUGGGUCUCGUCAAAUUCAUUGGUGAAUUGUUCAAGUUGUCAAUGUUGACUGAACGAAUCAUGCAUGAGUGCGUCAAGAAGCUUGUCGAUUACGAAGGAACCCCAGAUGAGGCCGAAAUUGAAAGCUUGACAAGCUUGCUGCGAACAGUUGGCAAACAGCUUGACAACCCCGAGAGCAAGGCACAAGGACGGAUGGAUCUCUACUUCGAGCGCAUCAAGUCCAUGAUUGACCUACCGGAACUUCCCAGCCGCCUCAGAUUUAUGCUCAUGGAUGUUGUUGAUCUACGGUCUAAGGGAUGGGCCUCUAAGGAAGACAACAAGGGCCCGAAGACUAUCACCGAGAUUCGCGAAGAGGCUGAACGCCAGGCACGUGAGGAUGAGCUCAGGAGACUCGCGAGCCAGACCGGUGGUCGUGGCGGGGGAGGCCGGAUGCCGAUGGGCCGUGGUGAUGCGCGAAGCUUCAGCGGCUUUGGAGGACAAGUUCCGCCUCCUGACACGUCGAACCGUGUGGGUACCGAUGACCUGAGAAAACUUGGUAACCGCAAUGCUCGCCAUCCCAGCCACACGUCUGGACCCGGUCCUUUGGGGCCGCCUAGCUUAAUGGGCGGGCGUACCAACAGUGGGCGUCGUGGACUUGGGCCGGGUGGCCUUCUGGGGCGAGGAGAUGACAGUGCGACAAGCAGCCGAACUGGAACGCCCCCUGCUCAGAAAGACAAGGAGAAGAAGGAUGAGUCUAGCACAAAUGCUUUCAGUGCCCUUGCCGCUCUCGAGAACGACGGACCUGGGUCACCGCCAUCUAAUCCCGCAUCACCUCCCGUGCAAAAGUCGCAGCCAAGCAUCGAACGAGAACGAUCGAGAUCACCGGACAAAAACGCCGUGUGAAAGCCACAUAAUCCCGAUCAAAACAUGUGUACAACAUAAUACGAUUCGAUUACACUAAUAUUUGACCGACGGCCGCUUGUGGGGAUGGAUAGAAGAAAAGAUGUGCAUUGAUACCCCGGCGAGAGCAAAGCCACCUGUUUAGCAUUUACAGCGCAACGAAAAAGCGGACCGUUUGUUUUUCCCCUCGAUUCUCGUCCAUGCAAGAUCACAGCGGAUUUUGGCAACCAUGGAUUUGAGAAUCGCACUUCGAGCCUUCGAUUCGAGCACGCGGAAACGCGGGAUAGAGAGUGUGUUUCUACUCAAAAGAAUACAUCAUGCAUAGGGUUGAUUUGAGAAUUCGGGGAAGGAAGGGGCUUCCAUCUACUGGCUGGUUGGAAUCAUACUACGGCUUCGUGGAGUAAUGGUGGAAAAGCGCAAAUAGACUUGCCAUGGAGAGCUGUUCGUCAGGAGAGCAUGGCAGAGUUGAGAGGAGAAGGACGGGACACCAGCGCACCCUUUCGAUCUCACCCAUUCAAUCAUCAGCAAGCAGGUGUACUUUCUCGAGCUAGAUGGGGUCUAGGUCGGGUUGUCGAGUCCAGACUGAUGCGUCGGGUUGUUGUCAUCGACGAAGGUUGGUUCAACGUCGAGCGGCUUCCUUGGUCGAUAGGUGGGUUUGAUGGAUGGGUAGCCUUCUUGUACUGUACAUUGACGAAUAUUCAAAACCUUUUCGUUCCAAACGCCAUGGUCUGUUAAUGUAAUCAUCACUGAUACAGGUGGCGCGAUCACCGGGCAAAGGCUGAACAAGACAUCGAGAGUGG